GGCCAUGUUGUCACGGUAUUAGCUUCGACUCCGCGAUGCGCCUGUGCUCGAGGAUGCCCAACGCGCUGGAAGCCCAGAGGGAGGAUCGGGCGAAGGAGGACAGGAGUUCGGAAAAUUAGGAGUCUUCCUUUUCUUUCUCUUCACAAAAUCUCUGCCUCCGCCGACCGCUGGCCUCGUCCGUACGCAGCCGACAGCCUCUUCAAGAGCAGCAGUGCCAGCAGUGCCCAGCGGAAAGUCCUGUGCGCCGACUCCCCCGGCACAGAGAGCAGCAGGCUCGCGAAAGGGUUGCACCUGUGGUGCCUUAGGCCGCAAACAAGCAGGAUGGCCCCCGACCCCCACGGCCAAGAGGAGUCCGGCCCCGUCGGCUCCAUCAUCGCCGGACACAAGAUCUCGCUCAACGUCCACUACGACAACACCGACUCCGAGCCAGCCAAGGCGGUGGGCAGCGAGGUGACGCCCAUCGAGGAGAUGGUAGCGAGCGCGGGCGCCCUCCCUCGCGACACGCCCGACCGGGCCAGGAGCGCGGCCCCCGAGUUUGCCCCUUCGGCCAGCCACAGCAGAGAGGACCGUCGGGAGGACCAGGGCGAGAAGGUGACGCACAUCGACCACGUGCUCGGGGAGAAGCAGGAAGCAGAGCAGGACAGCAUAGAGUCGGUGCAGUCGUCAUCGUCGUCGUCGUCAUCGUCAUCGGCCAGGCCAGACACGCCCGAGACAACCUCCGCCCACUCGGCCAGCCCGGAGCCGGAGGAGCCCGCCCUCGCCGCCCCAGCCACGCGCGCGGAGAUGUUCAAGUCGCCGCUGCAGAAGGCGGAGUACCUCAAUGGCCCCGACCAGGUCAUCCCGACGGACCGCCUCAAGACGUGGGAGCCGAGCGGUACGACCAAGCUGAAGAUCGGCGACCAGGGCGUCUCCGCCCACACGCCCGUCUCUGUGCCAACGCUGCUGAAAAAGGCCGCGGAGAAGUUUCCCACCACCAACGCCCUUGCAGUGAAGCGAGACGGGGCCUGGAAAUACACCACGUACACCGAGUACUACCAGCAAGUCCGCACAGUGGCCAAGGCCUUCAUCAAGCUCGGCCUCCAGCAGUACCACGGGGUGUGCAUCCUGGGCUUCAACUCCCCCGAGUGGUUCAUCUCCGACCUGGCCGCCGUCUUCGCAGGGGGCUUCGCUGCCGGAAUCUACACCACCAAUUCUCCUGAAGCUUGUGAACACUGUGCCAAAAAUUGUGAAGCUCAGAUAUGGGUGGUGGAAGACCAGAAACAGUUGGACAAGGUCCUCAAGAUCCGCGGCCGCCUUCCGUCAACGCGGGCGAUCAUUCAGUACAGUGGAAAGCCCACUGUGGAGGGCGUGCUGAGCUGGGAAGAUGUCGUGACGCUGGGGAAGCAACAGUCUGACAGCGAGCUGGACGCCAGGCUGCGGCGCAUCGCGGUCAACCAGUGCUGCACCCUCAUCUAUACCUCCGGCACGACCGGCCCCCCGAAGGGCGUCAUGCUCAGCCACGACAACAUCACCUGGACGGCCCACGCCAACUGCAUCAACGCCGACUUCCACUCUGGAAAGGAGGUCAUCGUCAGCUACCUGCCCCUUUCUCACGUCGCCGCGCAAAUGGCCGACUUGUACAUCACGAUGUACGCUGGAGCGACGUGCUACUUCGCACAGCCCGACGCCCUGAAAGGAAGUCUCGGGCAAACCCUCAAGGAGGUCCGCCCAACACGAUUCCUGGGCGUCCCUCGCGUCUGGGAGAAGAUCUAUGAGAAGAUGAUGGAAGUCGGUCGCAAGACGACAGGAGUCAAGAAAUCGAUUGCCACUUGGGCCAAGUCUGUCGGCCUGGAGACCAGUAUGCGCAAGCAGCAGCAGGACUUCUCCAAGUCGUGGGGCUACUCCAUUGCCAAUGCAGUUGUCUUCAAGAAGAUCAAAGGAGUCCUUGGGCUGGACAGGUGUGACCUGCAUUUGUCGGGGGCUGCUCCCAUAUCCCCGGAUAUUGUGCGCUACUUCCACAGUCUGGACAUCCCUCUGACAGAGAUUUAUGGCAUGUCUGAAUCCUCCGGCCCCCACACCAUCGGGCUGGAGAAGGCCUUCAAAAUGGGCAGCUGCGGGCGCACGGUGCCCGGCUGUUACACGAAGCUAGACAACCCGGACGCAGAUGGGAACGGGGAGGUGUGCAUGGGCGGGCGACACGUGUCCAUGGGCUACCUGCGCAUGGAGGAGAAGACCCACGAGGCCAUAGACGACGAGGGCUGGCUGCACUCCGGGGACAUCGGGAAGCUGGACAGCGAUGGCUUUUUGUACAUCACGGGACGCAUCAAGGAACUCAUCAUUACGGCUGGAGGAGAAAAUAUUGCACCAGUUAUCAUUGAAGACAACUUGAAGGCGGAAUUACCUUCGCUUAGCAACAGCAUGCUCAUUGGUGACAAACGGAAGUUCCUGUCUGUGCUUCUGACACUAAAGACCAACAUGAACUUGGACUCCGGGGAGCCUCUGGACACACUCAGCCCGGCUUGCAUCGAGUGGUGUCGCAGCGUCGGCUCGUCCGCCAACACCAUACAGGACAUCCUCGCAGGACCCGAUGCCAACGUAAUGCGUGCCAUCCAAGAGGCGAUUGACCGAGCCAAUAAACUGGCUCCUUCCAAUGCUCAGAGAAUCCAGAAGUGGACCGUGCUACCCAAAGACUUUUCCUUGCCUGGAGGCGAGCUCGGGCCCACCAUGAAGCUAAAGAGACCGGUAGUUUUACAAAAAUACAGUGAGACGAUAGAAAGAUUCUACGAGGGUUAACACUCUUGUCGUCAUCGAGCUCCUUCUCCCUUCUAUAAACAUGCCUUCUGUUACCGAAAAGAGUAUAUUUUUGAAUGGAGCAGAAGCAUGGAUCUAUUCACUUUGAGGAAACCACCCGCGUGUUUCUUCGUGUGCACAUCAAAACGAAGCAAGUAGCUAUAAGUAUCCCAUGGUGCAUUUAAUUUGAAGAGUAGAUAUUAGAAAUAUACUUUUCAUGUAAUUGAUCUUGCCAUAUGUGUAUAUUUAUAUAUUGCCAUACUACCUACGAAUAUCACCGUUUCUUCAGGGGGAAACCUUACGUGUAUAUACUUAAGCUCCUUACUCUCUAACGUUUAGCAGGGCUGUGCAUUUCCUCAUUCACACAGAAUGCAUUAAUUUCACAGUAACAUGUACAAUGUCCCAGACACGUAUGUUCUGCCAGAUUGAACUGUAA